AUGGUAAACGGAGAGGUUCGCGGAGCAUCAACUCUCUUCCUACGUGGUAUGUACCUACCUCAAAAGCUCCUAAAUAUCUUGAUACCUGCCGUGCUACAACCCCAAAUCUACACGCUUACAAUGAAUCCCUCUACGAUAUCCGCCUUGGCUACCCUCUCCUCCCUCCCCUCCGCCUCCAAAACCUCACUCAUGCGGAGGAUCGCACACGAGAUGACCAGUACCAUCAUCACCAUCUCGCGCGAAAUCCAGCACGGCACACUGGACCCAGACCAGACCGCCCCCAUGAACAAGUUCGUCCGCACACUCCAGCAAGCCAACGCAGCGCAGCAGCGGAAGCUCGAGCGGGGACUGAAACGGUGCCAGCGGCGGGCGCGAAAGUGGCGGGCGGAGCGGCGGUGGAUACGGAGGGAGUUUGCGGAGAUGAUGCGACUGAUGGAGACACUGCAGGGACGGUGGAAGGCGAGGGUUGAAGGGCUGAAGAGGAAGAGCAGGUUCAGCGUGGAAAUAUUACAAAUGCGCCUGGCUGGACGCGGUUCGGGACAGGGCCAGAAACAGGAACAGGGUUCGCUGGAAUGGUCUGGUGGUGGCGAACCAAUCCCGAGACUGUGA